GUUGAAACUGAACCUGGUACACUUAAAACUUGUUUGGAUUAAUACACUUCGCAGCUUUAACCUAUAACCCUUGGUUUUCAAUUUUUCUAUAAGUGCUGCUGAGGUUGUAAUAUAAUGUCUGCUGACGAGAAUAACUGGCGAACUCCUCAAUUUAGGCAGAGUGUUGUUGCAAAAAUAGAUGAAGCUAUCCAGAGAUCAGGAAUGUCAACCAUUAAAAAAGGAAAUGAAAUGGAAAACCACGUUUUUCAGAAAGCUAAAACAAAGGAAGAAUAUCUGGGCUUCGUAGCUAGAUUGAUUCUUCAUAUGAGAGAACUCAAUCAAAAGAAGGCAGGGGGAGCUAUGCCAGGUACUGGCGGUGUACAAGAUCCAAUUAAUGCUCUUCAGAACUUAGCAAGACAAGGAACUGGCAAUCAGAUGCUUGGUGGUCUUCCCCCUCCUGUACUUGGGCCACAGCAGACAGCUGCACCUCCAAAUCCAUUGUUGCAGAAUAUGAAUGCCAGGCCAGUUCUGCAGCAGAAAUUGCAGCCAAGUAUGCAGCCUGCUCCAGUAAUGAUUGGUGGAGGUUCUCCUCUUGUACCCAGAAAAACUGAACCAGGUGCAUACAGGCCACCAUUUAUGAGGCAGAGUCCAACUCCGCCCCAGUCAUCUCCUGUUUCUUUAGCUCCUCAAAGUGGCAUGGUUUCGUCUCCAGCUGUUGCCCUUGCUCCCUCCCCCGGUGGAAUAGGAGCUAGUCUCCGUGCCAGCCUUGCUUCCUCUCCGCAGCUGAACACACCUGGCCAGCAGCCAGCAGUAUCCCCAUGUACAGUUCAUGAAGAGGUUGCAUAUAGAGAAAAAAUUAGACACCUUAGCAAGUAUAUCGAUCCUUUGAGGCGGAUGAUAGCGAGGGUUGGGAAUGAUGAUCUUGAAAAAGUCAGUAAAAUGAAAUCACUUCUUGAUAUACUGACAAAUGGUAAAAGAAUGCCUUUAGAAACACUGUUAAAAUGUGAAAUUGUUCUAGAAAAAGUAGACCUUAUUAAAAGGAGUGAUAUGGGUGGAGCACGAGAGCAACAUCCUUUGAUAGAAGCACUCCGGAACCAUCUCCAGUCUCCCGUAAUUAACCAUACUCUGCAGAGGACCUUUGGACCUUGUAUAGAAGCGUUAUUUGGUUCAGAUAUUAGGAGUAAUGUUCCUCCAAUUAAAAGGAAAAGGACUGAAGAAUUUCCAGAUGAUAUUCCUGAGGUUCUCCAAGGUGAAAUAGCUCGAUUAGACCAGCGUUUUAAGGUCAGUCUAGAUGGGCGUGUGAGUGGUGGAGUACAGUUAGUUUGCUGGCUUGACGACAAACACCUGCCAUGCGUGCCACCUAUUUCUCUUUCGGUUCCUGAAGAUUAUCCUGCUACUCCUCCUAGAUGUCACCUUUCAGAAGCAUCUGCUACCCCAUUCCUAACUCGAUUGGAGUCUGCUUUAGCAUCGCGAAUCUCUAAGCUACCAGCCAAAUUCACUAUUUCACAGUUGCUUGAUACUUGGGAAAUGAGUGUGAGGCAAGCUUGUGCUCCUCUUCCUCCAGCUCCUUCUUCUACAACACCUUCUUCGAUUUUAUUAGGACUAUAGAUAUAGUUAAUUAUAAAUCUAAUGUUAUGGAGGAAAUAAGUUGUCAUUCUGUAAAUAUGUAAAUAAUAUUAUACAAAUGAAUUAUUGUAAAUAUUUUCUUAAAAGUUAUAAAAAGGUUACAUUGCAGAAUAAAAUCUGUACCUGUUUGGUUUUAUCUUAUGAUACUUAGGCAUAAAUCAAUAGUUAAUUUAACAUAAAAACUAUUUCCAACAGUUAAAUUACUUAUUUUAUGAACCGGUCCAUAAAUUGUUCAACGAGACACCAUGCCAUGUAAUGCCAGAGUUGUUUUGUUUGAUUGUUUUAAUUUUCCAGAUCUGAUAGGAUAAAAUAUAAUUUAUAUAUGGAUUAUUAUUUGAUGAGUGAUGUGCAAUAUAUUAGAAUUAAAUUUUAUUUAUUAUAUAAUGUCAUUGAUAUUCCAUACUGUAAUAUAUUAUUUAAUCUUAAAACUAUAAAAGUUAAAAAAUAUUUUUGUAAACUAUGUAUAUUUAUCACUGAAAUGUGUGAUUCGAUUUGUAAGCAAAUUCUUCUGACUUAAAAAGAUUGCUUAAGUGGAAAAUAAUCUUAAGAUAAAUUGUACAUUGUUAACAAAUAAAUAAAAAUAAAGGUGGAGAAAUAGUUGGCUGUAGAUAAUGCGGUUCAGAAAUUAGUAGAGACACACAUAUUUCUAUUACACACAUAAUUCUAUUAGUGAAAAACACAAAUAAAAGUUAAUUUUAUUUUGUACUGACUGUUCAGCCUAAUUUUCAGGCCUUUAUCAAGGCUUUUCAUUCGGAGAAUAUAAAAAAUUAUGUUUUUUUGUCUUUUUUAGAUUUGACAUCUAUUAGUACUUUUUUAUUAGUAUAUAUUUUUUUUAAUUGUAUAGUUACACAUGUUUUAAUAAAACAAUGAAUUUUAAUAUCAAUAUAAAAAUUAAUAUUUUUUUUUAUAACUCCCAACUCACUAUUUCUGGUAUACAGGGUAUUUCUAUACAAUUUCUGCCACAAAAUAAAAAUCAACCUCUCAUAGGCCGGAUUCAAAUCGGCUUCGCAAGGCAUGAGAAUGCUAAAACAGGCAAUGCUCGGCCAUCAUGUCCCUUAUAAAAUAUAAUAUUUAAACUAGAUUUUGAAAAUAAUAGAGUAUUUUUAAGUUAACAGAACAUCUAACUUCUAUUUUUACUUUCAUUGAUUGCCUAUUUGUUUUUUUCCUGGGCCAGAAAUUAAUGCCAGAGUUCAAAAUCCCUGACACCGGGACUCGAAUUGAUAAUCUUCAGUUUAAAUAGUAACCGGCCAAUGGGGAAUGCAUGUCUUGCGUUUGCCAGGUUGGCCACUCCGCUCCUAUUAAACCUCUAAGUACUGUCUAAAUUCUGGGUUAAAAAUUAACCUUAUUACUUCGCCAAACAAUAAACCUGAAUAAUAAAUUCAUUAAAUAACUUUAAGAUUUAAUUAAAAUAACUUUUUGCAAUAAACUUAU